AUGGAUAGAUCCACGGCUGUCUGGGCUCCGAGCUCUGGUCUGGCCGUGGGCUCUGAGCUCCAGUUCUUCCGUCGUCCAAUAGGGGUGUCCUGCUUGUUUUUUGACACUGCGGUCUCGCUUAUGAACAAGGCGCAGGCAAUCAACAGCUCUGCCCUGCCAGUGAUCAAAUACCCUGCAGUCCACUGCAUCACACUUCAGCUGACCAUGGACUACACGUCUUUGGUACUAUCCCAGUGCAGGGACAUCAGCUUUAAGAUCUCAGAGGUCAGAGUGAUGAAGGGUCACUGCCGUCAGCUGGGACAGAAGCUCACUUCUGUGGAAAAAAUGGUCUUGACCCUCCAGUCAUCUGGCUCCAUAACUCCACAGGUGGGUGGAGCUCUACAGACUCUCUACACCACUCUGAUGAGUGCAGACAGCCUGCUUCACAAAUGUGCUGUGAAUCGAGUGGUGAACAAGGGCACUUACAAGAACGAGUUUAACAUCCUGGACCGGCAGAUCCAGGACAGUCUGAGAGUCCUGGCCACCAUCCCACAUGUUAACCUGGUCCCCUCCACCAACAUGGCCCCACCCACCAGCCAAGCCCCCUCCUUUGGCUUUGCGCCCUCUAUCGGCUUUGCGCCCUAUCCAGGCCAUGCCCCCUACAUUAGUCAUGCCCCCUCCAUUGGGCACACCCCCUACCCUAGCCACGCCCCCAUCAUGGGCCAUGCCCCCUACCCUGGCCAUGCUCCAAACCAUGCUUCCUCCAACAGCCAUGCCCCCUCCCCAAUCAUCAUAGAUGAAUCAAUUAAUCAAUAUAACUUUACUCAUACCUAUAAAUAA